AUGGUUGACAUCCUGAGAGACCUGAACAAGUUAUUUAACAUACGAAAGUAUGUUAUGCUUUUUCCGGUGACGAUGGGCAACUACGCUGCUGGCACUUUUGGUGGAAUUUUUAAGGACAUUGAACUUGAUCUUGAUGCUCAGGCAGAAGACUGCUACAUUGCAAUGGAGGCUCUGUGUGAGGUUUUGCAUUCUGUGCAACCUCUUAUUGUCUAUUUUCCAAACUUUUCCCUAUGGUUGUCAAGGGCUGUUUCCAAGUCAAAUAGUGAAGAGUUUGUCCGUAAGGUGGAGGAAAUGUUUGACCAGUUGCCGGGACCUGUUUUGUUGAUUUGUGGACAAAAUAAAGUUGAAACUGGGUCAAAGGAGAAAGAAAAAUUGACGAUGAUAAUCCCAAAUUUGGGCCGCCUUGCGAAGUUGGUAAUAUUCGCGACCUUUCAAUUAAUUAUGUCUUGA